AUGCCGGAAAUUGGCAACCAAGUCGGUACUGCAUUCUGGCAGACGAUUUUGGGCGAACACGGUAUAGAUAACGAUGGAAUUUAUCAUGGCGACAACGAAGAACGCAUAGCACGCGCCAACGUCUAUUUCCACGAGACCGCGGGUAGAAAAUAUGUGCCACGCGUGGUGCUUGUCGACCUCGAGCCAGGCACAAUGGAUGCCGUGCGGGCAAGUCCUCUUGGUAAGCUCUUUCGACCGGAUAAUUUCGUCUUUGGCCAAUCUUCUGCCGCGAACAACUGGGCGAAGGGCCACUAUACCGAAGGUGCAGAGCUGGUUGAUGACGCCGUCGAUGUGAUUCGCCGCGAGGCAGAGCAAUGUGAUUGCCUCCAAGGCUUUCAACUUACGCACUCCCUCGGGGGUGGCACUGGCUCUGGCAUGGGCACCUUGCUCCUGGCAAAGAUACGAGAAGAAUUUCCUGAUCGUAUGAUGGCCACCUUUAGUGUUCUCCCGUCAUCGGAAACAUCCGACACAGUCGUGGAGCCAUACAAUACAACGCUCUCCAUUCACCAGUUGGUCGAAAACUCGGACGCAACGUUUUGCAUUGAUAAUCAGGCGCUCGACAACAUUUGCAAACGUAGCCUGAAGUUAGCAAACCCGACAAAUAAUGACCUUAACCAUUUGAUAUCACAUGUUAUGUCUGGAAUCUCGACAUCCCUGCGUUUUCCUGGUCAACUCAACUCCGACAUGAGGAAGAUGUGCGUAAACUUGGUCCCAUUCCCACGCCUUCACUUCUUUCUGGUUGGCUUCGCCCCCUUGACGAGCCGUGAAUCGUUCGCAUUCCGCUCCAGUACGGUAGCCAGUCUCACGCAGCAAAUGAUGGAUCCUCAGAACAUGAUGGCCGAUUCGGACUUCCGUAACGGCCGCUUCCUCACAUGCUCUGCCAUCUUCCGCGGCAAGAUUGCAGGCAAGGAAGUGGAAGAGCAGAUGCGACGCACUCAAGACAGAAAUUCGGCUUAUUUUGUGGAUUGGAUUCCUAAUAAUGUGCAGUCUUCGCUAUGUUCUGUGCCUCCCAAGGGUCUCAACAUGUCGAGUACCUUCGUAGGUAAUUCUACCGCCAUCCAGGAUAUCUUCAAACGGGUAGGAGACCAAUUUCAGGCGAUGUUCCGCCGUAAAGCGUUUUUACACUGGUAUACGGGAGAGGGUAUGGACGAGAUGGAAUUUACUGAGGCAGAAUCCAAUUUGAAUGACCUUGUGGCCGAAUACCAGCAGUAUCAGGACGCAACUGCAGAUGAUGUCGACUUCGAUGAGCAUUGGGGUAGGGACGAAGAGGCUGGAGUGGAUGAAGAAUCAACCGCUCGAAUGUAA